CAGAAAAGUAAAAGGAGUCUUUUGUAUGCCAGUUGUUGGGCAAUGGUGGCAGGAAGAUGUUGGCCAGGAAAAGCAUUAUCCCAGAAGAAUAUGUUCUUGCCCGCAUUGCGGCUGAGAAUUUGGGCAAGCCACGCAUUCGAGACUGCCAACGCAAAGCCCGCUUCAUCGCCAAAAAUGGGGCUUGCAACCUAGCCCACAAGAACAUCCGUGAGCAGGGACGUUUCCUGCAAGACAUCUUCACCACCUUGGUAGACCUGAAAUGGCGCCACACUCUGGUGAUCUUCACCAUGUCCUUUCUCUGCAGCUGGUUGUUCUUCGCCAUGAUGUGGUGGCUGGUGGCUUUCUCCCAUGGAGACAUGGACAAGCCUUGCAGCACUGAAGACCUCAGCAAAUGGAAACCGUGCAUCACCUGCGUCAGGUCCUUCAUCUCUGCUUUCCUCUUCUCCAUUGAGGUCCAGGUGACCAUUGGUUUUGGUGGAAGGAUGAUGACCGAGGAAUGUCCCAUAGCCAUCAGUGUUUUGAUCCUCCAAAACAUUGUGGGCUUGAUCAUCAACGCGGUCAUGUUGGGUUGCAUCUUUAUGAAAACCGCCCAGGCCCACCGGAGAGCAGAAACUUUGAUCUUUAGCCGGAAUGCAGUCAUCACUGUCCGUAAUGGCCACCUGUGUUUCAUGUUCCGCGUAGGGGACCUGAGGAAAAGCAUGAUCAUUAGCGCCUCGGUACGAAUCCAGGUUGUCAGGAAGACCACCACUCCAGAAGGAGAAGUCAUCCCAAUCCACCAACUCGACAUUCCGGUAGACAAUCCUCUUGAAAACAACAACAUUUUCCUGGUGGCUCCGUUGAUCAUUUGCCACGUCAUUGAUAAGCGGAGCCCACUUUAUGACAUCUCCGCCAACGACCUGGCCAACCAAGACCUAGAAAUCAUUGUCAUACUUGAAGGUGUCGUAGAAACCACUGGAAUCACCACCCAAGCCAGAACAUCCUACAUAUCAGAAGAGAUCCUCUGGGGCCAUCGCUUUGUGCCCAUCGUCACGGAAGAAGAAGGGACUUAUGCUGUCGACUACUCCAAAUUUGGCAACACCAGCAAAGUUGCAGCACCCCGUUGCAGUGCCAAGGAGCUGGAUGAGAAGCCUUCCAUUCUCAUCCAGACCCUCCAGAAAAGUGAGCUGUCCCACCAGAACUCCUUGAGGAAGCGUAACUCCAUGCGAAGGAAUAACUCCAUGCGGAGGAAUAAUUCCAUCAGGAGGAAUAACUCUUCCUUCAUUGUGCCUAAAGUCCAGUUCAUCACGCCUGAAGGCAACCAGAACACCAUGGAAACAUGACAGAGCCAAGCAGUCAUGUGCAGAGUGUCAAGGCUCUGACAAUACACCCCCAUUGGAAUCAUAAGUCUCUAGCUGCAUGUCCCAGAGUAAAAAAAAAAAAAAGAUUUAUUAGGAGUGACCACAUCGGCGUUACCUGGUUGCAGCCGACUGUAAGACACAUCAUUCAUUUCACUCUUGACCCUGGUCUUGCCCCCACCCCCUGGAUGUAUAUUCUCCA